UCCAAAGAUAAAAAUUCAUGGGUGCAAGACAAGCAUUUUGCUACACCCUGCAUGUGCGCCCAUGUCGUCAUAGCCCAUGUAGUAAAUUAUAUCAUAUUGGCUGACCACGUACCCCGCGACGCCAGCUCUGGGGUCGCACCGCAGAUGUCCAUCCGCGGUAGUAGUCAAUCAAAACACUAUGACCAUGCUUGGUAUCUACAUACCAAACCGUCCGCAGCCAGUCCUAUUAAUCUACUCAUUAGGCCCUCGACUUUCAGCGAGAAGUCUCUCAGACAGCUACGCCGUCAGCCUUCGCCUAGAAUGCUGUACACACUUUCCACUUUGUUCUUGCUGGCCUCAUACGUGCACGCUUCAACAUUCAACUACACUACUAUUAAUCAAACAUGUACUCCUUCGGUGGAUGGCCUCAAAAUCUCAGACAACGGGGUCGACAAAAUUACACAUUUCCUACCUACCUUUCUUCCCUAUAAUAAACCGGGAACCACACAGCGGGCCAGUCGUUCGGAAUGUACAGCCUUCUUGCGGAUUCAGACCGAUCGAGAAUGGCGGAUUAGGAUAAACGACAGAGGCACAACCCUGAACGCUUGGGCGAAGGUUACGGAAAAGGAGUUCUUUUCUUUCGGGACCAGUUACCAAUGGUGGGAGGACACAGGGUUCCCGGGGGUUGGUACGAGUGUUUACAUCACUGAAGGUCCGAUCGAGGGCAGGAUCACAAAUAUGGUUGUCGGUACAGAUGGGAAUGGCCAUUCAUCGAGCUCUUUGUCCUACUGUGGAGGAGGGCUCCUGCAGAUCAGCUGGAGAUCGACUGUAACUACUAGCGAGGACGAACCUGCACUCCCCCCGGGUGACUCAACGGAUCAAAGUUGGACGAUUGACCACAGCGUAGGGUAUGGUUAUUGUAAUGAAUAAACAGGGUUUAAUCGUCUUGGUAUCAUUCAGUUCACAACCGUAGCCGAUCCGCUUCAUUGGUAACGAGAUUGUAAAGUGAGAGCCCCAUGCUGUAGUGGGUCUUUUAGGGGUAAUCAUAGUCAGUAU